AUGAAGGAGUGGAGCUUCCAUGACCCCAAGAUGGUGGCGUAUUGCGACGAGGUUCGCAAACUCAAAGACAAGUUCGACGAGCUGGAACUCAACCAUGUCGCAAGACGUUUCAACGAGGCGGCUGACGAACUGGCGAAGGCGGCAUCCGGCCGAAAGCCCGUCCCCGAUGGCAUCUUCGUCAGCGACCAGUACAAGCCCUACAUCUGCUACAAAGAGCCGGGAAGGGUCGGUGAUGUGCCACCUGCCCCAAACUCGGACGCCGACUCAGGAGAGGUCGUCAACGCGCCACCUGUCCCGAGAUCGGGCGCCAACCCUGAAAGGGUCGGCAGCUCUCCAUCUGCCUUGGACCCGGAGGCUGACCCCUCCGACCCCGAAACGCUCCCGGCGAACAAGGUGGAGGCACGCAGGAUUGCGCGUCGCGCCAAAUCCUUCGCCAUCAUUGACCAGGAGCUCUACAAGCUCUACACCGGCAUCCUCUAG